CUCUUGGCGGUCCCCGCCCCCGCUGCCCGCGGGCCAUGCUGGGGCUGCGGCGGUGGCCGAGGUGGGGAGUUCCCCGGCCGGGCCGCCCACCCUCUCGGGACCCAGGUCACGGGCCCUACGAUUCAUCCUUCCGGAAGCUGUCCACCCCCCGGGGUGGCCCCGCGCCCAGAUGGCCCCGGGGCCGGGCCUCGGGCUCCGAUGGCACCACUCCCUCGCCCACCAUGAGUCUGGACAUUCAGUGUGAGGAUCUGAGCACUGCCCGCUGGACGGAGCUUCUUCCCUCCAUGCAGCAGUAUGGCGUCAUCAGGCUCGAUGACUGCGGCCUCACGGACGCCAUGUGCGCCAAAAUCAGCUCCGUGCUCCAGGACAACCUGUCCCUGACGGAACUGAGUCUCGCCAACAACGAGCUGAGGGACUCGGGGGUGCAGAUGGUGCUGAGCGGCCUGCAGAAGCCCACCUGCAAGAUCCAGAAGCUCAGCCUGCAGAACUGCAACAUCACGGGCGCCAGCUGCGAACUGAUCCCGGCCCUGCUGCGCACCAAGUCCACCCUGACGGACCUGCAGCUGAGCGACAACCACCUGGGCGACGAGGGCGUGAAGCGGCUGUGCGAGGGCCUGAUGGACCCCAAGUGCAACCUGCAGAGGCUGGAGCUGGAGUACUGCGAGUUCACUGCGGCCAGCUGCGAAGCUCUGUCCUCGGUGCUCAAGACCAAGAACUCCCUGCAGGAGCUGACCCUGAACAACAACGAGCUGGGCGAGGCCGGGGUGCUGCUCCUCUGCCAGGGCCUGAUGGACCCCAACUGCAAGCUGCAGGUCUUAAAACUGGAGGGCUGCGGAGUCACUGCUGCCAACUGCAGGAACCUUAGCGCGGUCCUGCAGACCAAGGAGUCUCUGGAGGAGCUGUGCCUGGGGGAAAACAAGAUCGGGGAUGUGGGCCUGGCCCAGCUGUGCCAGGGCAUCCUGAGCCCCACCUGCAGGCUGAAGACUCUGUGGCUGUGGGAGUGCGACAUCACGGCCGAGGGCUGCCAGGCCUUGGCCCAGGUGCUGAAGGGCAAACCCUGCUUGAAAAAGCUGAGUCUCAUCUGCAACCAGCUGGGCGACGAAGGGGCUGAACUGCUGUGCCAGGCGCUGCUGGACCCCGCCUGCCAGCUGGAGGAGCUGUGGCUCAGGACGUGCGGCUUCACGGUGGCGAGCUGCCCCAGCUUCUGCAUGCUCCUGGAGAAGAACCGGACCCUGAAGGAGCUGCAGCUGAGCACCAACGCGCUGGAGGACGCGGGCAUCGAGCUCAUGAGCAAGGGCCUCCUGCAGUCCGAGUGCCCCAUCCAGACCCUCUGGCUGGGGGAUUGCGAGCUCUCGGACGAGUGCUGCGGGACCCUGGCCAACAUCCUGCUCAGCAACCACACCCUGAAGGAGCUGGACCUCAGCAACAACAGGAUGGGGGACCCGGGCAUCCGGAAGCUGGUGGCCAGCCUCAAGCAGCCCGCCUGCACCUUGGAGCAGCUGGUCCUGUUUGACAUUUACUGGACGGAGGAGGUGGACAACGAACUACGGGCCCUGAAGGAGAUCAAACCUAACUUGCGCAUCACGUCCUGACCCCGGGCUGGCAGGUGCCAGGCCCGCCGGGGGCCAGGCCUCCUUUCCCCCCCACCCCUCCCCCUUCCGGUCUCAGGAGGAGGAAGGCCUGGCCCGGCUGCGCCCCCUGGAGGCCCUCAGGCCUUGUCAGGGGGCCCCCGUUUGUCUAAUCUCGGGACCCCAAAUCGAGCUUCCGGAUGAGGAGCUUUGAGACAAGACUGACCCUUAAUUUCUUCCUAUUUUAAUAAAAGAUCUUUUGGACCCAG